AUGAUGCCAUCUCGUCUUGUCCGCGCUUUGCCGCGUACUGCCCACACCCCUGCUUUCAGAGUUCCCGGCGCCUCUUUCCGGAGAUGGAACUCGACCGAGGGUGAAAAGGUUAAGGGCCAGGUCAUUGGUAUCGAUCUGGGUACUACAAACUCGGCCGUCGCCAUUAUGGAGGGCAAGACCCCUAAAAUCAUUGAGAACGCAGAAGGUGCUAGAACAACACCCUCCGUUGUUGCUUUCGCCCAGGAUGGUGAGCGUCUGGUCGGUAUUGCUGCCAAGCGUCAGGCCGUUGUCAACCCUGAGAACACUUUGUUCGCCACCAAGCGUCUCAUCGGUCGCAAGUUCACCGAUCCCGAGGUCCAGCGUGACAUCAAGGAGGUCCCCUACAAGAUUGUUCAGCACACCAACGGCGAUGCCUGGGUUGAGGCUCGCGGUCAGAAGUACUCGCCGUCUCAGAUUGGUGGUUUCGUCCUUCAGAAGAUGAAGGAGACUGCCGAGAACUACCUCAGCAAGCCCGUUAAGAACGCUGUCGUCACUGUGCCUGCUUAUUUCAACGACUCCCAGCGUCAGGCUACCAAGGACGCUGGUCAGAUCGCUGGUCUGAACGUUCUCCGUGUUGUUAACGAACCCACCGCUGCUGCUCUUGCCUACGGUCUGGAGAAGGAGGCCGACCGUGUUGUCGCCGUCUACGAUCUGGGUGGUGGUACUUUCGAUAUCUCCGUUCUGGAGAUCCAGAAGGGUGUGUUCGAGGUCAAGUCCACCAACGGCGAUACCCACCUUGGUGGUGAGGACUUCGAUAUCCAUCUGGUUCGCCACAUUGUCCAGCAGUUCAAGAAGGAUUCUGGCCUUGAUCUCUCCGGCGACCGCAUGGCUAUCCAGCGUAUCCGUGAGGCCGCUGAGAAGGCUAAGAUCGAACUUUCUUCUUCCCUUCAAACCGAGAUCAACCUGCCCUUCAUCACUGCCGAUGCUAGCGGCGCUAAGCACAUCAACCUCAAGAUGACUCGCUCUCAGCUUGAGUCCCUCGUCGACCCCCUGAUCAACCGCACUGUUGAACCCGUCCGCAAGGCUCUCAAGGACGCCAACCUUCAGGCCAGCGACAUCCAGGAUAUCAUCCUGGUUGGUGGUAUGACCCGUAUGCCCAAGGUUGCCGAGUCUGUCAAGUCCAUGUUCGGUCGUGACCCUGCCAAGUCUGUUAACCCUGAUGAGGCUGUUGCCAUCGGUGCUGCUAUCCAGGGUGCCGUCCUGGCUGGUGAGGUUACUGACGUUCUGCUGCUCGAUGUCACUCCCCUUUCCCUCGGUAUCGAGACGCUGGGCGGUGUCUUCACUCGUCUGAUCAACCGCAAUACCACCAUCCCCACUAAGAAGUCCCAGACCUUCUCUACCGCCGCUGAUUUCCAGACUGCUGUCGAGAUCAAGGUGUUCCAGGGUGAGCGUGAGCUUGUCAAGGACAACAAGCUGCUUGGAAACUUCCAGCUUGUUGGUAUCCCUCCCGCCCACCGUGGUGUUCCCCAGAUCGAGGUCACCUUCGACAUUGAUGCCGAUUCCAUUGUCCACGUUGCCGCCAAGGACAAGUCCACCGGCAAGGACCAGUCCAUCACCAUUGCCUCUGGCUCUGGUCUCUCUGACUCUGAGAUCCAGUCGAUGGUUGAGGAUGCGGAGAAGUAUGGUGAGCAGGACAAGGAGCGCAAGGCUGCCAUUGAAGCUGCCAACCGUGCCGACAGCGUCCUGAACGACACCGAGAAGGCUCUCAAGGAGUUCGAGGACCGUCUUGACAAGGCUGAGGCCGAGCAGAUCCGCGAGAAGAUCGCCACUCUGCGUGAGUUCGUUGCCAAGAACCAGUCUGGUGAGGGUACCGCCACUGCUGAGGAGCUCAAGCAGAAGACCGAUGAGCUCCAGACCGCCAGCUUGACCCUCUUUGACAAGAUGCACAAGGCUCAGUCUGAGCAGCAGCAGCAGUCUCAGGGCCAGCAGGGUGAGAACAAGCCCUAA